CUAAGAUCAUAAUUAGUUGCUUAAUAAAUACCCAUCUUCACCCGGCCAUUCUUGAGUCAUAGAGAGAACAACUAGUAACCACCAUGAUCAAGAAAACAACAAUUUUCCUAUCUCUUCUCCUUCAUAUCCACAUAGUCUUGGCAUCUGAUCCCGAUCCUCUCCAUGACUACUGCAUCCCAAUUCCCGAAUUCUCAUCGGUCUUCCCAUCUUGCAAGAACUCGACCUUAGUCACUGUUGAAGACUUCGUCUAUUCAGGCAUAAGAAACCCGGGAGACUUUAAGCAGACCGGUUUUGCAUCUAACCCCGUGAACUCAGGGGUUUUUCCAGGCCUACACACUCUAGGCAUGUCAUUUGUUCGGGCUGAUUUUGAUGCUGGAGGGGUAAAUGUGCCACAUUUGCAUCCCAGGGCCACUGAGACGACGUUUGUGUUAGAGGGGAGGAUCUAUGCAGGGUUUGUCGAUUCAUCAAAUAGGAUUUUUGCGAGAGUGUUGGAGAGAGGAGAGGUAAUGGUGUUCCCGAGGGGAUUAGUUCACUUUCAGAUGAACGUUGGGGAUUCACCUGCUACUAUACUGGGGAGUUUCAACAGCCAGAACCCGGGGUUAGUAAAGAUCCCUAGUGCUGUGUUUGGAAGUUCUAUAAGAGAGGAGGUGCUGAUGAAGGCUUUUGGAUUCAGUGAUAAGGAGGUUGAUAGGUUGAGAAAGAAGUUUGCUCCUCACUAGUUAGUUGUCUACUUGGUUUAUAGAAACUCUAGUCCUAACAACUUCAUUGUUUCAUGAUUAGUAUUUUAAUUUUAAAAUGUGUUUCUUAAGAUUAGUAAAUGAUUUCAUCCAAAAACACAAAAAGAUUAGUAAAUGAUAUUUGAGUGUGUUCUGCAUU